UAGGUUCACAUUUUAGAUUAUGUAAGUUUAACUCUCCUAAACUUGUUGGACUCUGCAGAGGAGUGUAACUGUAUCUUGCAGAGGUCUACAUACUGGACCUAACAGGAGGGGGGGGGGAUCUCUGCUGGGAUAGGUCUGUUUCUCAGCAGCCAGCAGGGGGAAACUGGGCAGCUGGUGUCAGUGGGUCAGACUCUUUUUCUCACACAGCUACUCUUCACAUUAGAAAGGGAACUCGUGUACACAGGAAGCCUUUGAACACAUGGAGAGAGAAAGACAACGCCUGCCACCAGUCACAGCAGACUGUCUGUCGGUUAAUGGACAAAGCAGAAUGUCACGACGGGACCAGAGGUUUCGGCGAGGAACGAAAGGAAGGUGUUGUGAAUGUGGUUGCAUCCUGUCUCACUGGUACUAUGAAAGAGAUGGACAGCUAUAUUGUAAGAAGCACUAUUGGUCCCGAUAUGGAGGACACUGCCACGGCUGCAAGGAGACCAUCGCAACAGGACUCAUCAUGGUUGCUGGAGAGCAAAAGUUCCACCCUGAAUGCUUUACUUGCAUGAGUUGUGAUAUGGUCAUUGGAGAUGGAGACACCUACACGCUCAUCGAACGCUCCAAACUCUACUGUGGCCACUGUUACUGUCAGGGUGCUGUAUCAGACGUGGAGCCAGCUUCUCCAGUCACCAAGAGUCCACACAUGGUGGCACUGGUGUCUUUCCCUCCACAUGCAGUCGGCCAGCGAGGCCUGAGUGUAGCCACUGAUUUCAGCCAAGACAAAAGUCCUCUUGUCACCGUGACGGAGUUAGACUCAUCUGUCCUCAGCCCCGACCUGCUGUCCACUGUCCACAUUGGUGAUCGAGUACUGGAGGUUAACGGUAUCCCAGUGCAGAAUAUUUCUCCAGAGGAGAUAAAACGUGUAAUCCAGGACACAACCAGACCACUGCAGCUGACCACUGAGCACAAUCCACAGGCACCUCACUCAGACAGUCCUCCAGAUAACAUCACCUGUCCCGAUCCCUCUGUCCGCAAAAAACUAGCUUCAACCCAGAAACUCCCAAGUCUUGAGGAAGAGCCAAGUCCCCAGGAAGAACCAGAUGAGCAAAAUGAACAAAAUGAAAUCAGGAUAAGCCUCUCACCAUCUCAGCACCAAGGGACCAUGGGAAUCCGAUCCAGAAACAUUUUGCGCAGCUGUAGUAUAGAUAAGUGCCCCCUGCCCCCUGGAACACUGUCACUUAUAUCUCAAAAGAAAGAAAUGGUUCGCUCUGAGUCUCUCCGAGUAGAUCCAGGAGACCGGACACACCGCAUCUUCAGACCUUCAGACCUCAUCCACGGAGAAGUGCUGGGCAAGGGCUGCUUUGGACAGGCUGUCAAGGUAACGCAUCAGGAGACCGGGGAGGUAAUGGUGAUGAAAGAGUUGAUACGCUUCGACGAAGAGACACAGAAGACUUUUUUAAAGGAGGUGAAGGUGAUGCGCUGUCUGGACCAUCCCAAUGUUCUCAAGUUCAUUGGGCUGUUUUAUAAAGACAAGCGAAUACAUUUCGUAUCUGAAUACAUCCAGGGAGGAACUCUCCGAGAGACAAUCACAAAAAUGGACAAUGAUUUUCCCUGGAAAAUUAGAGUCAGUUAUGCCAAAGACAUUGCAGCUGGAAUGGCUUAUCUACACUCCAUGAAUGUUAUCCACCGAGAUCUAAACUCUUAUAACUGCCUGGUCAGAGAGAAUCAGUCUGUGGUGGUGGCAGAUUUUGGACUAGCCAGGUUGGUGAUGGAGGAGAGAAAUCAGAGCAGAACAUCUUCACUUGAGCAACCUGCAAAGGGGACACUGUCAGAGCUCCGCAAGCAUGACCGCAGGAAGCGGUAUACUGUGGUAGGAAAUCCCUACUGGAUGGCACCUGAGAUGAUCCACGGAAAAACCUAUGACGAGCGGGUGGACAUUUUUUCCUUUGGUAUCAUGAUAUGUGAGAUAAUAGGGAGGGUGAAUGCUGAUCCUGACUACCUUCCAAGAAGAAAUGACUUUGGGCUAAACGUGACGAGUUUCCUGCAGGAGUAUCACCCUCCACAGUGCCCCUCCGCCUUCAUGCCGCUGGCUGUCCUCUGCUGUGACAUGGAUGCUGAUCAACGUCCUUCCUUUUCAAAGCUGGAGGAGUGGCUGGAGAACCUGCUGAUGCACCUGGACAUCGGUCUGCCUCUGCUCUCUGAGUUAGAGCAGCUCUGCAAAACUUUCUGGCAGAAUAAUGACCACAAAUGUUCAGAAAACACAAAGAGUCACACAAAACCGGAUGAAUUUACUGAGCACAAAGACCAAAAUGGCAAACUUGGCAGCCACACAAACCACGAGCAAAACGCUCAAGCUGACCUUAAUGUGAGGACUGGGUCACAGAGCACAAACCAGUCGUGCUGCAAGUCGAUAAGCGCAGACUUAUGCAAUAAUGGCUGUGAAACCUAUGAACACAAUAACCCUGCAGAACAACCAGGAGCCCAGCGUGAGCACUCACAACCAGUACCAGAUCAGUCAAAUGGGUCCAGAAGGAUAUACAAAGCAUUGUGGGACACAUCUACAGAGGAUGGCUCAUUUCUCUGAUUGAUGAUCAAGACAGGAAACAUCUACAAAGCCCAGUGUUAAAGUUUGUAAAGAUAUUUGUGCCUUUUCAAAGUAAAUUAGUCAUUAAGCAUUUAUGAGAGGGAUGGAUAAAUGCAGGAUCAUGUGUGUUAACCCGUAUGUAUGUACGUACGUGUGUAUGUAUGUGUGUGUGUGUAUGUGUGUAGCUUAAUAACGGCCUAGCAAAUUACACUGGCCUCAUUCUGCACUGUGAACCAGAGAAAAACUCACCUAUUUAUGUGGUUAGAGCUAGAGCCCAGCUGAUACUCCUACAUUUAAUUCAACUCUUUACACUGGCUAGUAUUUUUUAUUUUUUUAGCAUGUGUUAAUUGAAAAGUGCAUUAAAAAAGAAAGUGUCAGUGGAUAAAGUAAAGACAAACCUGUUUCUAAAUUACCUCAAAUGUACUCUGGUUUUUGUGUGCUGCAGUUUGUCUUUACCCACCAACAUAAGCUAAAUCUGGUUUGUUUGUCAUGUGGGCUCUAGUUUCACUUUUGCUCAGAAGCUAUGGAACACAUGUCACUUUAUACUUUAAGCUGUACUGCAUUAUUUAUCAGAAUGCUUUAUGUAUUGACUGCAGACAAAGUGUCAAAUCACACCCAGACUC